CAAUGACGUUUUUAUUUCUACCUCUGUUCUUUCUGGUUCUCGAAGUGCCAUUAUAUCAAAGUGAGUGCUCUACGUUCUUUUAAAAAAAAAGUCACUACCGAAUGGUAAAGGGACACUCCGUAAAAACCAAACUACUGAAUGGUAUAGGGACAAGAUCAUUCACUAGGUUAAUAUCCGUAAGACCGUAAUAUGUUACAUAGAAAGGCAUGUGGAAAACUCUUGCCUCCAAAAAAAUAAAAUAAAUAAAUAAUGUGGAACUUUUUUUUUUUUUUUUUUUACAUCACGCACACUGCAAUUUCUUCUUUUACAGAGUAUUUUUUCUCGGAAUGCCAGGUUACUCAUUUUGAGUAACCAAAUUGUGUUUACUUAAAUGACAUUCAUGUAAAUACUUGCCCUGAUAUUCGUGCAAUAUUAUUUUUUAAAUGAGCUAAGGUGGAUCAGUUCUAAAUGGUGUAAACGACUAUUUAUUGAUGUCUUGUUGACGGAGCUCCACCUCCAUUUUUUUCACAUCCAAAACCACGACUCAAUCACAUCAAAGUAGUGUGUAUAUUAAUUAACUUUUUUUUUAGAUCUUUUUUUUAUUUUUGUAAAAUAACUAAUUAUAUUGAAAGAUUGAUAUUAAUUUUUAAAAAUUACCAUGCAUGGCACGGGAUCUAAACUAGUUUCGUAUAUGCUUUACUCAUAAAAUGCUUAAAUAUGCUAUACACCCUGUGAUCUUCUCUUGAAAUCAAUUUAUGGCUUUGUGAAAUACUCUUUUAUGCAUGACCUGCAUAGUUUCUUGUAGAUAGCAGCUUUAGGAAUGACUGUAGCCCAGGUUUAGGAACAACUUUGCCUAUUUAAAGUAGCCAUUUACAGCUUUGUUAUCUCUAUGCAAGCAUACGAUAUUCCGUACAAAUUUGCAUGCGCAUGCUACUCUGGUACUUGAAUUUUGCAUAAUACAGACAAUAUAGUACAUCAACCCCAAGUUUAAAGCUGUUACUAUCACAAUAUAUAUUUGUAACCUGAUUAUAACGGUAACCUCAUUUAUCACUAUGAUUUACAUAACCAUGUUUAGUUUUCCAUUUAAUCUAGAUUCCACACUUAUUGUAACUUAUGCCUUGUUUCCGCUAUGAACUUAUUCCUUGCUUCUGUGCAAAUCUCAGAAUUACAAAUUACUUAAAAACCUACACUAUGAAGCUUGAACCAGUAUAUCUUGAUGAACUUACUACUCAAAGCAAAGACUAUACUGGAAAAUAUGAAUUUUCUAAAGCACCCAUCUCAGUUACAGAAAGCCAAUACAAGUUCAAUCCAGAGGAACUUCCUAAUCAGAUGACUAUUGGACAACAAACAAUCUUGCAGCGGUUGAAUCCAGAAAUUGGUCCUAUUCUGCCUAAAUACCAGCCUUUGGCAAACCAUUCCAAGAGCAGCUGAUCCAGAUAGUAGAUAUGAUGUUGUAGUAGUGCUCUUUGUAGAGGAGCAAGCACGAUUGAUUCAGAAUUCACGUGGUCGUGAAAGUCCUGUGCGUGAAGUUGUUAUUACGUACUGACCCAAGCCAAGACCAAUCCAUUACAGUCUCAACAUGGAAUGACCUUACUGCCAAUGAUUGUAAUGCUAUGAGUAACUGGGCUGAGAAGUUCAAUGUUGUGGGAUUCACUGCACUUAAGGCUUUGACUGCUAGAGGCUUUACUCUGACUACUACUAUGUCCACUCGGAUCAUACAUGAACCAGAAGGAGAUAGGGCAGACAUACUUCGUGAAUGGGUGAAGUUAUAUCCACAGGUCUUACAGGAUGGGCAAGCAAGAGUUUUAAACAUCAGAUAUCCAAGUCCUGAGAAAACAAUUGUCUCUAUAGCAGACCUUAGGAGCAAGAAGGCUAAGCAUGUCUUGCAAGAAGAAACCGUUUGGAUCAAAGCGACAGUUCAAGAACCUGAUCUGGACAGAGUUAAUGCUUAUGUUGGUUGCUAUGGUUGUAGCAAACGUACCAAUCUUCGUGUGGGUACUCCUUUUCCUUGCAGCAUUUGCAAAAAAGGAGAUAGCAUUUCUGCUCAUAGAGUGACAUUCAAGUUUGAUGCAACUGAUGGUACUGGCACAAUGGCAUUCACUGCCUUCAAUGAUGAUACAGAAAGACUUUUUAGAAAAUCAGCAACUGAAAUCUAUAACAUCAAAAAUACUGAAAAUCUUACUGCCUUUGAACAAAUCUCGAACAUAAUUUCAACAAAGCCAUUCUUCAUCAAAGUAGGGCUUACCAAUAAACUAUCAAGGAACGCUGUUCUUAUAUGGACUCUGAAGGAAAUCGAGAUUCAAAAUGAGCCUAUACAGCCACCUGUUGAAGGCUCAUCAUCUGGCAGUUCUACACAGCAGCAAGGACUAACACCAACUGAAAAAUUGAAGAGGCUUCAACAUGAGCUGGAUCUGGAAACAAAGGCACAUGGCAAGCAGCCUUUGGUUAUUGAAUCUGAGCCAACUGCUGAUUUUGAGUCAAGACCUUAACACACUUGAUGAUGCUG